ACACAGGCGGGGAGAAUGGAAGUGGGCCGCAGAGCGCUCCUCGAUAGCAUCAAGAUGGACGUGGCUGCAGGCACAAGUGUCAGACCUGGAAUACCGCAUACGCCAGCAGAACGAUAUCUAUCGUCAGAUCAGGGCCGCAAAAGGGCAGGUUGUCCUUGGUGAGACACCUCAACCCGAAGAUCUCAUGGUUAGAUAUCGCCCCUCAAGGACAGGAGGGAAAAAGCUUUCUCCUAUCGAGGCCAAGAUCGCAGAUAUUGAGAAGCGCAAUGAAAUGUCACCGUGCAAUCUAUCAACUCUGCUCAAUAAUAUAGACAAGCAGUCGUCAAAGUUGACACAGUCUCUUGGCAACUGUUACUCUCCUAUCCAGGCUAGCCCGCUUGCUGCCACCACUGCAGCAACGGCAACAUCAUCAACAGCAGCAGCGGGAGCAGCACCCUCUGUAUCUUCGUCUGUGUCUUCAGGAAAACAUAGUCCUGCCAAACCUAACGGUGUUCUAUCACCCUGUGGCGCUCAACCUGCCAGUUCUUCAGAAACUGAAACUGACAGUAGUGGUAAAAAAGUGAAGGCAGGAGACUCCUCUACCCCUCAGGGACUGGCCACCCACUCCCCGGUUGGUUCGCCAAAUCUCGAUGCCACUUGCCAAGCGGCACGCUGUCGCCCUGUCAAAAGCUAUAGAAAGAGGAAGUUACUGCGAACCUUCGGUGUGCAUCACUUGAAUCGUAAAGCUGCGCGGUUGUCGACGGUGACGUGUCAUUGUUACCCUCCAACGACCAGUUGUUCUUUGUGUGGUGGACGGUACAACAAUGUCCAGUCCAUUGACCAGUACACCAUGCCAGUGCCGGAGAGAGUGGCUCUACUUGACCAUUCAUACCAUGCUGUCUUGUCGUUCUCGCACGACACGCCCCUUACAGCGCACUUUGAUACCCUGUUGAAGAGUGGGGACUGGCAGAGCAAACCCUCCAACAGAACACUGAAGGCUGUGCCCACAGAGAAAAGGAAGCUAAAGUUGACCAAAGAAACGGGUGGCAGACAUGGGAAGAGGCUUUCCAAGAGUGCCACCGCAGCAUUACUGCAUUCUAAUCUGCGGCACAAGUUUGUUGACAAUAAGAAACUGUCUCGAGGUCGCAGUGGCUCGCUGCCGUCCACGCCGCGGUCCAAGCUGGAGGAUGGACGGCUGUGCAGGACGGAGAUCAAGAGGAGGAAGGCUGCGUCGCUGGCAAUAGCAGCUCUUAAAAAGCAACGUGCCCUGUCUUUACCCAACCGUUUCAAGACACUCACACCAUCCCCAACACCUUUGGACACCAGCUCUUCGAUCUCUCAAAGCUGCCCGUCCUCAACGCUUAAAGAGAUGAAGGACGCUUUGCGGAAGAGGCGAGGGGAAAGUGCAUUCGACAUAAAUAACAUUGUGAUACCCUACAGCAUGGCUGCCUCCACCAGGGUGGAGAAGCUGAAGUAUAAAGAAAUAUUGACGCCCAGCUGGCGUGAUCUUACCCAAGAGAACAAGGAGGAAGACGAGGGUAAAACCAGCGAUGAGCCUCCACAGUUGCCAGAGACAAGUACGGCAAAGGAAAGCAAUGAUGAAAGCACUCAGGGAAAGAUGGAACAGACGGAGGAGGCAGAGAAGACAAGUUUUUCCAUAGGAGGAGAAGAAGAGGAGAUUGAAGAUCUAUCAGACGACACCUUUGCUGUCAGGCACAUGAAGUGUGAGGUCGCAGAGAAGAAACGCUUCCUCUCCUUCGUCCCCACAAACAAGCGGACAGGCAGCAGUCUCAAUCGUAGUUUGUCUCGACCCGACAGCAUGACCAGUCUACACAGAACAGAGAGCGGCACGACAACACCCGAUCCCAUUUCUCCGGAGACUAGUAUGAACGAUAGCCUCUUUGGGUCCAUGAACAUUUCCUCGCCUGCUGUAGCCCCAGCUACGCCCUCACCAUUGACUUUGUCAGGCACCAGUGUAGGUGGCAGCACUGAGAAAGAGUACAGACCCGCGUCAUUCUCAGGAAAAUUGUUGGGUGAGGAUGGAGGCAUUGUCCCUCGUCGUAGUGGCUCGUUCUCUAGGAAGGAAAGACUGUCGGCCUUGAGCACUGGAAGCGAUUGUCAGGACAGAAGCGCCACUGCUUCUCCUGUAGAAGAAGGCCCUGUCGUUAUGCCUUGGCAGUUGCGACAGUUCCCCCUUUCCGAAUCGGAGUAUGACAGUAUGAUUGCAGAGCACGAAGCCGUGAAGUUAGAAAAGCAUGUUAGCAGCACGUCAGGGCUCGCGCUAAGAGCACGUAAUGUGUCACUAGAUGGCGCACCUGGGGAAGACCUCGUGGAUCCAAUGCUUGCGGACACAAGCAGCCCAAUGGAGACAUCUCCUGUUGGAUCUGUCAUUGGGGACGACCCAACCGAUCCCGAGUGGACAGUAGCUCCUAAGCUACAGAAACCUGGUAUUGUCCUUAAAUUAUCCAAGAGGUGAAGGGAGUCAUAGGAGCAGUGUAAAGGUCUUGCUAGUCUCAGAAGUGAUCCAUGCUCAUUCCUAUGUUGAAGCCUGAAGGGUUUUCUAAUGAAAAGAUCAAUUCCUUGUGACAGUGGUGAGAAAGAAAGAAAGAAAGAAAGAAAGAAAGAAGGAAAUAAAGAACGGGAAUACAGCAUGUACUGAAUGUAGCAUGGGUUUUGCGAUGCCAAUAUUGGUUGUUUAAUUGAAUGCCAAUAGCACCUUGUGGUCAUAAAUUCAGGCAUUGUUGUCUGUUAGGUUGUAAAGCAAGCAACACAAGUCUGAUACUGCAGCUUAUAAAAUCCAGUGCUGCAUCUGUUAGUAAAAUGAUGCCAAUAUUGCGCCUUGGUGGGAAUUUAUGCCUGGUUUGGCAUACUGUGAAACUGAAUAUCAACUCUAAAUAUAACCGAAAUGAUGUGAAAGUUAUCUCUAUAGUGGCUUGAGCUUGCCAGUAAUCUGUGACUCUUUAAGUAGGUUGUUAACAGUAGGUAGUGGUGCUCCUUAGGCUGGUGACAGGUGACACUUUUGAGAGAAAGGGCUGGCUUCAAAUCAGUGGCUUUCAAUAUCUGAACCACAUAUUUCAAAUUGCCAACAGUUUUUCCAUUUCUUGCUUACUUAACCCCGCUCCUUCCAUCUCUCCUUCUGCAUUGGUUCCCACUGUAUUGAACACCAUGCCCAAAUGUAUGUCACCUGGGGGUAAAAGGGUUUACGGUACAUUCACUGUGUGUUGCAAGUAUUGAAUGAAUGGAGUUUUGAUAGUAGAAAGCAAAUAAUGUAGAAUGACACUAGCAAGUUUGGUUUGAACACAACACCCUUUGUACUGGACAUAUGACUGUCACAUGACUGUCAUGUGAUUUGAACCUUGAUAUGGACCCAGAAUAGAGCAAUCUUCCCGUGCAUUUGUUAUAAAGGAUGAUAGUCUUAGCUGAGGAGUUUCACUUUCCUAAUUUUGUGUGAGGAACAGUCUGUAAGUGACUGAUGUAUAAAAAAUAUGUUUAUUAUUACAUCAGAUGACUUUUACUUGCGGUUUGAAUGAGAGUGAAAGGAUUUGUUAAUAUCUAAAUAUCUAUGAAUCUGGACAUAAAAUAUCAAUCUAGAAGACAUUUUGUAGUCAUCACAGAUAACAGGAAAGACCUUGUGAGUAACAGUUUGGGUUGAGUAAUAUUUUGAUGGUAAAGAAAGGACUUAGAUAUCAAAAUGGGAAAAAAAUGCCAUAAAAAUUUGAAAAAAUAAAAAAGAUAUAUUUUAUUUAAUAAAACAAGAAGGAAAAAAACAUAAAAAAAAGUAAUAUGCACUCCUUCCCUGCACUGUGUACAGAAGUUGCAGUAUAUUAUGUGGAUAUGGAAGUAAAUAACUGUUUGGUUAAACAAUUGUGAAAUUUGUACAUUAUGUGGAUAUAAGAUGAUGGUAUAAAAAUAUACAUACGUAUUGACUUUGCAUAGUGAGUGUAUGUGCUCCAUGAUAAUUGGUUUUAUGUGCUGCAGACCAAGUGUAUAAUAAUCUGUACAUCUGCAUUGUGUUAUAGCCAUUGUACAGCAACAUCACCAUAGAGGCUUGCAUAAUUCAUGUGUCAGGCUUCAAUUGUGGUUCCGUGUAAAAACUUGUAUGCUGAGAGUAUCGGCCCACACGUAGUACUUGAAAUCCCCAUUAACUAAUAAAUGUGUACAUAGUUUGAUUCUUCUGUUCUUCACAUUGAAUGUGGUUUUGUAUGUAUUAGCUUAUAGUUAUUGGAUGGUGUUUGAUGCUGAGAAAAGAUUCUGUAAAAUAUAUUCAGUGUAAUUGUAUGAUAAUUGAAUUGAAUCUGUGAACUAGACUUGAAUAUGUGUAUAUAAGUAUAUAUAACCCAGAUGUCGCCAUAGUUAUGGUUACCAUGGUAUCAGAGAUCAUUACUAUGGAUAUUGUGUAGCUUCUAAUACUGCCUUUGAAAACAAUGGAAAACUGUAUUCAUCAUAGGAACAUUUCACUACACAUUUGCUUCAUACUCUCACAUGUAAUAAAUCUCUCGUUAACUAUAUCUAGUAUGAAGAAGAACUAUUCGUCUGUUAUCCCACUUAGUUGACAUAUUGUUAUUUAUGAAACAGUCCAUUUUGGAAAAAAAAGGGGGGACUGUUUUG